AUGGCUGAUCGGUUCACAGCACUUAGCAUGUCGGAUGGCAUCAAGAUUGCUGCCAUCCUAGCGCUCUCAGCCCUUGGGUUGGCCUGGUUUCUUUCCACUCAUCAAAAUAAUGUCUGCGAUGCAUUCCCGAGGGUGGCUGACAGUCGACUUCGCUCGAUCGUUUGGCCUUCAUAUAUUCAAGAUCUGGUGUGGAAAGGCUAUCGCGAUAUUAUCAAGCCAGCCAGCCAGCCGUUCUCAGUACGCUGGUGGGGACGAGACUUUUUGAUCUUGCCUCCGAAGUAUUUGCCCUCACUCCGCGACGCCGACUGGGCGCACCUCAGCUUCUUCCGGACGAUCAGUGAUGCUUUCUAUCUUCACACGAGCGUGGGCAAUCUUUACGAUAGCGACGCGACUGUGCAGGUCGUCAAAAGGGGCCUCAAUCCUCGGAUGCCACAACUCACCACCAUCCUGGAAAAAGAAAUCGAGUAUGCUAUCAGCGUAGAGCUGGGUGGAAGUCACGAUAACGGACCGAGAAUCCGAAACGCGCAGAACUUCUUUACCUCCAUUGUUCAUCGGUCUGCAUCACGUAUUCUCAUCGGAGAGGAACUUUGCCGCAACGAUAAGUUCAUCAAAACCUCUAUAGAAUUCGUCAUGUCGAUUUUCUACACUGCCCUCAUCAUUGUCAAGCUUCCCCUUGGGCCUCUGCGAGAAUGGUUAGCGUAUCUGCUCGCGUGGUGGCAUAGGCAGAAGCUCAAGCAAUGUACCCGCAUGCUGCUUCCGGUCAUCGAAGCCCGUAUUGACCGACACCUCGACGAGAGCAAUGCGUCAGAGGAGAGUGAUGCCAUUGAGUGGCAUCUGAUGCUAUCUCCUUCGAUUAGCGAUGUUGACCCGCAACGUUUGGCUGCAGAGUUGAUGCACAAUCUGUGGGCUGGUACCUCUGCCCCAGGUGGUCUCACAACGGAGAUUUUUUUCCAAAUACUGUUGGAGCCUCAAUACAAAGAAGAUAUUGUAAGGGAGGCCAAAGAGGCACUCGGGGGAGACCAGCAUUGGACUGAGAAGUCCCUAAGCAAACUGCCACUCCUGGAUAGUUUCAUUCGAGAGAUCAAUCGGUUGAAUCCAACUGGCUCCAUCACAUGUUCCCGUACCGUCCUGGGGAAACCAUUCGUCUUCCCGGACGGACUCUCAUUGCCCGUGGGCACCCGAUUUGGCUUCCCUACUCGGGCAAUGCAAAAUGACGACGAUGCAACAUUUGACGGCUUUCGAUUUGCGAAGUCUCACACCGGCUCCGAAAAAGAUGGAGGAAGGAUUGACGCCCCCCAAGGGGCUACAACAAUGUCAUCAUCAAACUUGGCGUAA